UAUUGUACACAUUUGUUCUUACUCAGACCAAAAACCGUUAUUCCGCGAUCACGAUUCGGCGUACAGAUGCGAAUGGAUAUUCGAUUCGGAAGGGGUGGAGGCUUGAUUACAUGUCAAAAUCUGUGUCCGACCUCACGAAAGCCACCCAGUUUCGGACCAUUUUGCUCCAGAAGAGAUUCUCAGUCGCCGGAGCCUGAGAAUAAUGGCGCCGGCAACGAUCAGGGAGGUAAGAAGUCCUCAACAGACUGGGACAAAGCUUGGUCGAGCUUCAAGAAACAAAGCAAGAAAAGCAUAUUCUCGGGGUUUUCGCCAAAUAAAUAUGUCACUUGGAAUCCUCAACAAACCAACUUUCCCCUCUCGGAGGAGGUCGAUCCCAUCAAACGCACCGAGAGGUCGAACCUCAUGUUAUGGACCAGUCCUCAGUUCACUCUUGUAGGAGCCAUUGUGAUAGUUACAUUUCUUUUGGUUUACACUAUAUUAGCACCAAUCAAGUGAUUCCAAUGAAUCUUAUUUUUUUUCUUUAAACAGUUCAUAUGUAAAUUUAAAUAUCUUCUUCCCAAAUGAAAAUCUUGAAUUCGCAAGUAUGGAUGAUAUGUUGUUGGCCUUGUUGUUCGUUAAAUUUAUGAAUAUAUGUGUCUAAGUUUAAUUUU